AUGGGGCUCAGGUUGAUGCUGAUGGAGGCGGCAGGGAUGUUGAGGCGCGGAGCCAGGAGCAGGGCGGCGGGUCCCAACGGAUCGCCUUAAAAUGCGACAACACUCAAAUCAAACUGGUUCUGUACCACUGGUCGCAGUCCUUCUGCUCACAGAAAGUUCGUUUGGUUAUUGCAGAAAAGGGGCUAAAAUGCGAGGAGUAUGAUGUUAACCUACCACUAAGUGAGCACAAUGAACCAUGGUUUAUGCGUUUGAACCCAGCAGGAGAGGUACCUGUAUUAAUACACGGAGACAACAUAAUCUGUGAAUCCACUCAGAUCAUCGAUUACUUGGAGAGCAAAUUUGAAGAUGCAAACAUCCCCAAAUUGAUGCCAGAAGAAGGAAGUUUGUACUUUCCGAGAGUACAACAUUAUAGAGAAUUGUUAGACUCUCUCCCUGUGGAUGCCUACACCCAUGGCUGUAUUCUUCAUCCAGAGUUGACUCUGGAUUCCAUGAUUCCUGCAUAUGCCACCACGAGAAUUCGCAGCCAAAUUGCAAACACAGAAUCUGAAUUAAAGAAGCUUGCUCAGGAACACCCAGAAUUGAGUGAAGCAUAUUUAACAAAGCAAAAACAAAUCAAGUCUAAGAUACGGGAUCAUGAUAAUAUAAACUACCUGAAAAAAAUAUUCUGUGAGCUGGAAAAUGUUUUGGACCAGGUGGAGACCGAGUUGCAGAGAAGGGUUGAGGAAACACCAGAAGAAGGACAUCAGCCAUGGCUCUGUGGUGAGUCUUUUACACUUGCAGAUGUAUCACUCAGUGUAACAUUGCAUCGCCUGAAAUUCCUUGGACUUGCCAGAAAGUACUGGGGAAAUGGAAAACGACCAAAUUUAGAAUCUUAUUAUGAACGUGUAUUGCAACAAAGGACUUUUCGAAAGGUCUUGGGAAAUGUGAACAACAUUUUACUAUCAGCAGUACUGCCUACUGCUUUUCGAGUUGCUAAGAAACGUGCUCCCUCUUUUUUGGGAGCUAGUUUUAUAGUAAGUCUGCUGGGAGGAAUGGGUUAUUUAGCAUUCUUGUUCCUAAAAAAGAGACUAUCAUAGGUUUUCUCGGCAUGCAUUUACUAUGUUAUUCAGCAAAACUUUUGCUGAGCUGUGAUACUGCAAUCAUCGCACUUAACAAACUGAGAUACAGAUUAAUAAAAGAACAUUGAAGUUAUGUUUUGUGUAAGGGAGUUGCUGUCAUUUGGUUUAAUUAUUUUUAAAGAGCAAGUUUGCGAAAUGUAGAAUCUGUGCACAACCCAAUUAUAAACUUUUAAGAACUAAUAUUUGCUUUUUGCUCUAGAUAAUUGUGGAAAUAGAUUAUUCUGUUGUAAUGUUUGUAUUUCUUCACAUUAAUGGAUAAACUUCAGACUAGAGGCAAAUCUCUUGGAAUCAAAGGUCUGUAGUUACCUGAAUGUAUUUGUUACUUGCACACCAUUUUAUGUCCAGUCAGUGUAUUGGCCCAGACUAUGUAGGUUCAAUGUCUAUUCUGCACAAUCUAAUUAGAGGUGGUGAGCAAUGUAUUUAUAGGGUGUGUUAUAUCUUUUUCAGGAGUACCAUUUUAAUUUUGGGUGUUCCUGUCUUA